CCAUCCCAUCAGAACCAAAUCUAUAAUUACUCCCCGAAACCAAUAUAUAAACCCCACCCCACAAUCGCCCUAAUCGCCUCGAAGCGCCAAAAGUAAUAAAACCCCCCAAGAUGGACGCCCAAGCCUACCUAAUCCGCCACGGCUGGUCCGGCCCGGGCAACCCACUUAACCCCAACCGUCGACCAGGCACCCACGGCGGCCUCGGACUCACGAAACCGAUUCUUGUGGCGCGGCGCAAAGGCAAUCUCGGCGUUGGCAAGACGACGACCAAAGACCCGACGAACCAGUGGUGGUUGCGCGGAUUCGAGGAUGCGCUGAAGGGCGUGGGGGAUGAGAAUAGUGUUGUGACGGAGAAGAAGCCGAAUGCGUUGACUAGUGAGCUUUACCGGUUUUUUGUGAGGGGGGAGGUCGUUCCGGGGACGCUUGGGCCGGGGGAGAAGCGGACAAAGGAGGAGCAGAAGUCUGAGUCGAGAAAGAGGAAGAAGGAUGAUGGGGAUGGGGAUGAGGAGGAGGACAGGGAGGCUAAGAAGCUGAGGAAGGAGGAGCGCAAGAGGAAGAAGAUUGGCAAGCUCGAGAGUGGGGGGGAUCCUACUGCCUCGACUGAUCGGUCUGAUUCUAAGGGUCGGAAGGAGAGUAAGGAGGAGAGACGGCAACGGAAGGAGGAGAGGAGGAGGAGAAAGGAAGAAAAGGAAAUGAAAAAGAAGAUGAAGAAGACAGCGGAGACGGAGGACAGCACCGGUACUGAUGAGAGUGGAAAGUCAUCUACUCGCAAGAGCAAGAAGGCGAAGGAAGGAUAUAACCCGGAAGAGGACUAUCCUACUCCGAUGUCGAUCGAAAAUGAUCAGACGGAGUCUAGUGGACACGAUGGAUCCACGACGACAAUAGAAAAGUCGAAGAAGAAAGAGAAGAAGGAAAAGAAGAAGGACAAGGAAAGCAAAAAGAAAAAGAGCGAGGAGCCCUCACUCGAGGACGGCUCGAAAUCAAAACCGAAAACCUCCAAGGGUUCCAAAAAUUCAAGAACAGUCUGAACUGAUUGAUGGUACAUUCGCUUUUUAAAGGAUAUCAUUGUUUGCCGAUGGCCGUACAUAGAUAGAUACCCAUUUUGCUACAGCUACAGCGGUUCUUAUGAAGAUCGUAUUUUAUAUCAUAAGACAUCUGAAUCUGAUAUCCUUAUUUUUACCACCAUAAUUCGUAACAAGCUCAA